AUAAGUCACCUWUCGCAUCACAUUAUGCAGCGCACGCAACUGCUAUUCUUCGCUUGGCUGGCAUUUGCCGCUGCCCAGGACAUCGCCACACAGGAGCAGAGGCUAUUGGCGGACAGAGAUACUCUCGAUCCACAGGAUGGUCGCAUUGUCGGUGGUUGGGCAACAAAGAUCGCGCAUUUCCCACACCAGGUCUCACUCCAGAAGGGCACACGUCAUAUCUGCGGUGCCACUAUAUUGGCACCCACUCUGGUACUAACUGCCGCUCAUUGUGUGCUGAAUGCCAAUGAGCCGCAGGACUAUUUCAUACGCGCUGGCUCCACCAAGUGGUCAAGUGGCGGCAGCCAUCAUCGUAUUCGUCGUAUCAUUCCUCACGAGCAUUUCAAUCUGCCUACACAUAUGAACAACGACAUCGCUCUGUUACAGCUCCAAGAUCCGCUUAUCUUUAGUGACAACAUAAAACCCAUUCCGAUCGUAACACCGAUGGAUGAUGUGCCCACACUAGCUCAGCUCUUCGUCAGCGGCUGGGGAUCCACAAAAGUGGAGCAAAUGGCCACAUCACCGCUCUUGCAUUACACAGUCAUCGUUCAAAUGAAUCGCGAUUCGUGUGCACGUAACUACUUUGGCGCCGCCACCAUAACAUCCACCAUGUUCUGUGCAGGCAGCAAGUCUGGCAAAGGUGAUCGGGACAGCUGCGUGGGCGAUUCGGGUGGUCCGUUAAUCACACACGUUGACGGUCGCUUCAAACUGCUUGGCAUUGUAUCUUGGGGCUUAGGCUGCGCCAACGCUCAAUAUCCGGGCGUUUAUACCUAUGUGCCUGCUUAUAUGAACUGGAUAUACCAGACAGUGCAGACACUGACCUAGGCUUAUAGUAUUUGUAUUUUAAAGGUUUUAUUGUUAUGCGCAUCUAACCUAACUAAAAAUAGAUUUAAUAAGUUUCUUAAAAAUCACACAGCCCAGCUCUUAAAUUGUAUGACU